GUGCAGGUUGUCAACAAGUUCUGACUGAAAGGUCCAGCAGCAAGUCUCUCUUUCAACAAAACCGUCCACUUUCUAUAAAAGAGAGGACAACACAACAGCUCUUCUGUGUUCCAAUCAGAGGGCAAAGACAAAAAGUAAAAGAAACCUAACAGCAGGACAACAAUCAUCUUAGUCUAAACACUCCCUUAACAAGCACUGUAUUCUUGUUGCUUACACACAUGGUAACCUCUGCUUCCAAGCCUAAUGCCCUGCUUUUGCACCUCCUGAUGACUUUUAUCUCCAGCCCUCUUGGGUUUUUUCACUUUUGACCGAUACCCAUUUUGCCAUUUCCUUCCCACUUUUUACUCCCUGAUCUCUGUUGGCCUGGCAAAAGCAAACACUUUUGCAUAAUCACCCCGUAGUAAUCCCCAAACGACACCACUAGGAAAAAUCCAAGGAAAAAACUAGAGGAGCUUCUUAGAAAAAGCUUCCACCUUUUCCUUACUAGAGCUAAUUGCACAGAUCUGUAGCCUUAAAACCUUUUUUUAGAUAUAAAACUGGUUUCUUUUUUUGCUGUUUAAGAUUGAUACUUAGCUACAUGAACUAAAAUAGAUUUUUGUAAAUCUUCCUCCAAACUUUCCUCUCUUUUGGAAAAUUUCCGGUGCUAUUAAGCACAGAUAAUCCACUUGUUCUAGCUCACAUCACAUGCAAAGGACAAAUGAGUUUCUAUUAAAAAGAAAAAAAGCUUUUAUUUUUUUUGUAAUUUCUGCUUUAAUCUAUGAUCUGUAGGCUUAAAAAUUCUCCCUUUCCUAAAGAUAGAAUCUAGUUUUGUGGAUAGGUAUUGUCUUGUGUAGCAGCAGAGAUGAUUCAGUUAUUGUUCUUAGUUCUGUUUGUUGAGGGGGCUGUGGCUUUUUUGCUGUUGGUAAAGAUUGGGCCACUGAGAGAGUUGGUGAUAAAGAGUUUGGAUCAGGUGAAGAUGGGAAAGCGUCCGGCUACAGUGAAAACUAUUGCUGGUACCAUGUCUGUGAUUCUGUUUUUUAGCCUCAUGAACAUUGUCAAGAUCCAAAAUAAGGGCGCAAAGCUUGGUACAAUGUCACCUAUGGAUCAGGUCCUAUGGAGAACCCACUUGCUUGAGGCAUCACUCAUGGGUUUUACCCUGUUUCUUGGGUUCUUAAUUGAUCGGAUGCACCAUUAUCUUUCGAAACUUAUUGGGCUGAGGAGAAGUGUGGGAUCUUCUAAAGAGGAAGUUGAAAGGCUUCAGAAAGAGAAAAUGCAGCUUAAAGAGAAGGAAGACAAAGCUUCCAUGGAAAUAAAGCUUCUACUGGAACAAAUUUCUACUCUAUCAGAGAAUUUGAAGAAGCUGAAGCUGGAAUCUGAGAAUAAGGACAAGCAGAUUAAAACUGCUGAAGCACACGUUGUUUCCCUUCAGAAACAGUGUGCUGACCUAUUGCUGGAAUAUGAUCGAUUGUUAGAAGACAACCAAAAUCUUCAGGCUCAAGCUACAGGACAUAGGAUUUGAAGAAAUUUUAAAAGAUGCCAAUCAAGUUUUGAUAAUCAGUAUCUUUUUUUCACUGGAGAUGUGGCAGAAAACAUCUGCUUCAUUUCAUGGAAACAGUCACUUGUUGAUGCAUCUUAAUUGAGUAAAAAGAGGACCUGGCUUCUUUUUAGAGAUAGGGAAUGUGUUGGAUUGCCCAGUGUCAGAAGAUUUUGAUAGCAGCAGUUCUUUCCAUCUUGUUUUCUCCAAUUGAUGUGGGAAAGUGUUUUAAGAUUGCUGAUGGUGUUCUUGUUUUGAAACAAAGAAAGGGUGUUUGGAACUAGUUGUUCACUUCUUCCUCUC